AUGCCACCCAACCAUGACAGCUUUCUUGAGGAAGGGAGAAUCGGAAUUGAACUGCAAGCCAUCUUCGAUUCUCCAAAGCCACACCCAACCAAUUGCUAUUUACAGUUCAAGAAGGGCGAUCUACUUCGGGUCAUCAGCGAGAAAGACGAAAACUGGUGGUUUGCGGAACAUUUGGCGACAGGGGAAUAUGGGGCGGCUGCCAAGGUACACGCCGUCGAGAUCCCAGAAAUAUUCGACGAACCGUGGUUCUUCUACGGCUGGGAUGCCGCACUAACAAAAAAGGCUUUUGACAAGGAUCCGACAAAAUUGGGCGCCUACCUGGUACGUUCGAAUGGAACGGGGUUUGUCUUGGAACUGAGAGCCAAAAACGGCAUCAUCCAAGCCUAUCCGAUCCAUCAAAAUGGAGAAGGGGAAUACUAUAUCCAAGAAAAUCGCAAAUACGCCUCCAUCCAAGAUCUCAUCGCCUUCUAUCAAACGUAUACGUCACGUUUCCUGGGCUCUCGACUCGAUAAUAUACCAAAUUAUGCGAACAUUAGAGAAGUGAAAUACCUGAAGGCGCUUCAACAUCCAAAUAUUGUCCGAAUGCUUGGGGUUUGUCGCUCGGCGGCACAACCCAUUUUGGUGCUUGAAAUGAUGUCGCAUGGAGAUUUGCGGCGAAUCCUGCGAUUCCCUUGUCCCCUCGGCUUUAACGGUGACAUUAACAUCCUGACACAGGUGGCCGCUGGCAUGGAAUAUUUAUCGAACGCCGGUAAAGUGCAUGCUGAAUUGGCCGCACGAAAGAUCCUGAUCGAUUAUGUUGGCGACCAACUGAUCGUCAAGGUUUCUGGAUUUGGAAAGGUCUACGAUCUGCCCGAAGAUGGUUCUCCCUAUCACUUACUCGAUCCAUAUGCUAUUCCGUGGGCUCCACCUGAGCUAUUAGAAGGGCAGGUUCUAACGAGACUGUCCAACUCAUGGUCCUUUGCCGUACUCAUUUUUGAAGUCUUUUCCAAGGCUGAACAUCCCUAUAAAAGAGGACUAAAUGGUCCUCACGAUGCCGAUGCAUUAUUGCGUUGGCUAAAGCAAGGGAAGCGACUCCCACAACUCGGGCCUGACUAUUUUUAUAAACGGAUCGUCGAUCCGUGUUUUGCGUAUGAUUGGCGGCAACGACCAACAUUCUCCAAAAUUCUCGAACUUCUAAAGACCCCGCCACCCUUACAAAGUGAUCGCCCCUCUCCUCAAAUACAAAUGAACGAGCGAAUCACCGAGGAUCGAUGGGAGAUCAACCUUUAUCGGUUGAACAUUGGUGAUGAGAUCGGCCAUGGGGCUUAUGGAGUAGUCUACCAAGGGGAAUACCGCGGGCGGAUGGUGGCUGUCAAAGAAUCUAAUAACCUACAACAAAACACCCCGAUUGAUUUUGAAAGAGAGUCGCGCAACCUAAUGGAUCUCAGGCAUCCGAAUAUCAUCCGUUUGUUGGGGAUAGUGACAUCCGUGUUUCCAAACAAGAUUGUCACUGAACUCAUGUCCGGCGGCUCAUUGAUCAAAUUUCUUCGAACCAGUCAGACUAUCAUUCUACAACAGCAAGCCCUCUUCAUCCUUACACAGAUCGCCAGAGGGAUGGAAUAUUUGGAGGGCCGCGGGAAAAUUCAUCGCGAUUUGGCGGCACGGAAUAUUUUGAUCGAUGGUGAUCGAUUUGUUGUCAAGAUAGCCGACUUUGGCCUGGCCCGAGAUCUGGGUGGGGAAUAUUAUCAAGAAUUAGAUUCGGACUUGCCGAUACUUCACAGCCCACCCGAGGUGUUGGAAGAUAGGAAAUGGACAGCCAAGUCAGAUGCGUGGUCAUUCGCCGUCGUCAUUUUCGAGGUUUACACCCGAGGGCAGCGGCCAUAUGGUGAUCAAGUGGACAAAGCUGUCCAAAAGUCGCCGCGCAGAUUAUUGCAUUGGUUGCGGGACGAGAAUAGAUUGAAGAAAGCGGAAAAGUGUCCGGAUGCUGUUUAUCAACAGGUCACGAUGCCGUGUUUCCAGUUCGAAUGGCGCAGGCGUCCGGAUUUUACUACUAUCCUCGAAGCCUUAGAGCGGAUCCGUGAAGUCAAUGGCUAUACAUACGAUCCGGUUGAAGGCACAUCGUUGGACGAAGUGGAUAUGGACUUAUCCCCGCGGACGCAAAAUCAGCAAUCAUUGCCAAUCGACGAGCGAUUCAACUACCGCGACACGUCUUCAUUUCUCCGCUCUUUUUAUCGACCCUCUUCACCCUAU